AUGUCGUUCAAGGCUAGAAGCGGCUUCGAGUUCACUUUGCUAAACUACAAUAACUUAUCAACAAAAGUUUACAGUCCUCCUUUUGCCACUUCCUUUGAUACGUUCUGGCAACUAAAGUUCAAACCGACAUCAAAAGAAAAUCCAGAAUAUUGCUCUGUAUAUCUCGUCGCCAUUCCAAGUCAUGAAGAAGGUGGCACGACAUCAGCAUGGACAAAUCGUGCAACGUAUUCUGCUGAUAUUUAUAUCAAACACCCGGAAACUUUAGUUGAAAUAAAAAAGGCAACGUUGGACACAACAAAGUUCUCCGCUAUUAAACCAUUAAGGGGUUGGAAUAGGUUCUGCAAAAAAACCUUGCUUCCUUGCGAUCAAAUAAUACUUGGUAUAGAAUUUGAUAAAACCGAAUUUGGUACUCCUGACGAAAAGCCAAGAUUUCCUGGAAAUGGGAAACCUUUCCCAGAUGAUCUGGUGACGGCCUGGGCGGAUCAAUUGAACAAACCAGAGUAUGCUGACGUAGAAUUUAAAGUGCAAGGGCAAUCGAUUUAUGCAAAUACAACGAUACUUAUGCGAAGAUCUGAAUAUUUUCAAAGAAUGUUUGUAGGAAGAUGGAUGGAGUCAAUCAAAUAUAAUCAAGGUGAAGAAGAACAGCAGACACAGCAACAGCGACGACAACUGGAGCAACAAGUUCCGACACCCGAAGAUGAUGAUGAUACUGAUAUGGAUAGCAACACUUCUGGAAGCAAUUCAACAUCAUCUCAUAAGCGAAGGAGAAUUUUCAUCCGGAUACAUUUCUUGAAAUAUAAAUAUUUAAUAGAAAACUUACAACAACACGCCAAAGUAAAAUUAUGUCGAGGAUUGAACGUAAACAACGCAGCCGAGUUUUUAUUCAGUACAGCAUGGCAAUACGAUGAAUUGAGGAAUCAUGUGAUGAGCUACGUUGUGCAAAACUUCCAAAUCGUGUGUAAGACAUCUGGAUUCAAGAACAUUACUUCUAAUCCUACUAACUAUCCACAAUUUCAUGACUUAAUUACCGAGAUCUUGCAUAAAGUAUUUGCAGAUGGUGAUUCAGAUUAUAGUGAUUAA